ACUCACUGAAGCCUGAGAGAAAAUAGCAGUUCUGCAGCAGAUAGUGUAGGGGAAAGAGACUGGGAUAUGCAUAUGCAGCUGCCUAAAGCAGGCUACAUGCUGGACUGUAACAGAGAGGAAACAAUAAAUCUUAACUACUAUGCAAUAAAUAUUCCCAAUUUUAACUAAGGAAGCUAUCCUCACAGUGAAAUUAAAAAAACUAUCAGUUUAUCCAAGCCUGAUUUUUAAAGUGCGCUGCUCCAGUCCUUUUUCCAAAGACUUUAAGGGAGAUUAAGAACAAAUUUAAAGAAAGAGGAAGAAAAAGUUUUUCUUAAAGCAGGAAAAGAAAGUAAUAAUAACAUGUCAGUUUUCCUUUCCUUUGCUUUCCUGGCAGCGAUUCUUGCUCAUAUAGGCUGUAAUACCCAGCGUCGGGGUCCAGAAGCCAGUGGGAGAAGAUUUAACCGGAUUCAGCAUGGGCAGUGCACCUAUACUUUCAUCCUGCCAGAACAGGACGGGAACUGUCGUGAAAGCACAACAGACCAGUACAACACAAAUGCUCUUCAGAGAGAUGCUCCUCACGUGGAACAGGAUUUCUCUUCCCAGAAACUGCAACAUCUGGAACAUGUGAUGGAAAAUUACACUCAGUGGCUGCAAAAACUUGAGAACUACAUUGUGGAAAACAUGAAAUCAGAGAUGGUGCAGCUGCAGCAGAAUGCUGUGCAGAAUCACACUGCCACCAUGCUCGAGAUAGGUACCAGCCUCCUCAGCCAGACAGCAGAGCAGACAAGAAAACUUACGGAUGUUGAAACCCAGGUGCUAAAUCAAACAUCCAGACUUGAAAUUCAGCUACUGGAAAAUUCACUGUCAACGUACAAGCUAGAAAAACAACUGCUACAACAGACACAUGAAAUCCUAAAAAUUCACGAGAAAAAUAGCUUUCUUGAGCACAGAAUUUUGGAAAUGGAAGAAAGGCAUAAAGAGGAGCUGGCCACUUUGAAGGAGGAAAAAGAGAACCUACAAAGCUUAGUCACACGGCAAAGCUACAUAAUCCAGGAACUAGAGAAGCAGUUAAACAAGGCAACAAGCAAUAACAGUGUCCUACAGAAACAGCAGCUUGAAUUGAUGGAUACAGUUCACACUCUGAUCACCCUCUGCUCCAAGGAAGGAGUUUUACUAAAGAAUGCAAAAAAGGAAGAAGAAAAGCCUUUCAGAGACUGUGCAGAUGUAUACCAAUCUGGUUUUAACAAAAGUGGAGUCUACACUAUAUAUAUUAACAAUGUGUCAGAUCCUAAAAAGGUCUUUUGCAAUAUGGAAAUUGCAGGAGGAGGAUGGACAGUUAUACAACAUCGAGAAGAUGGGAGUGUGGAUUUUCAGAAAAGCUGGAAAGAAUACAAAAUGGGUUUUGGUAGCCCAUCAGGUGAACAUUGGCUGGGAAAUGAAUUUAUCUUUGCAAUAACAAGUCAGAGGCAAUAUUCUCUAAGAAUUGAAUUAAUGGACUGGGAAGGAAACCGGGCAUACUCACAGUAUGACAGAUUUCACAUAGGAAAUGAAAAACAGAAUUACAGACUUUAUUUGAAAGGUCACAGUGGAACUGCUGGAAAACAGAGCAGCCUGAUCUUACAUGGUGCUGAAUUCAGUACAAAAGAUGCUGACAAUGACAACUGCAUGUGUAAAUGUGCUCUCAUGUUGACUGGAGGGUGGUGGUUUGAUGCCUGUGGCCCCUCCAAUCUCAAUGGGAUGUUCUACACAGCUGGACAAAACCAUGGAAAGCUCAAUGGCAUCAAGUGGCAUUACUUCAAAGGCCCCAGCUACUCCUUGCGCUCCACCACCAUGAUGAUUCGGCCCUUGGACUUCUAAAGGCAUUAAACAGUGGGUCCCAGAACAAGCCAGGAUGGCACUGCCCUCAGCAGCAACACUUCACAAUCUGAAGGCAAAAGUGAAGGGCUUCUUGAAAGCAAUGUGUAAGGAUGAUGCAAAGUCACUUUGUUAUUACUCCAUAACCUGCAAAUACUCCCCAAGAGUCACCCCAUGUUUUGAUGACUGGGGAAGGAUUGGUUUAGAAGAAGAUGGCUGAAAUGGUUUUCCAAAGAACUGGAUUUGGCUAUUCUUCCUAAACUUGGUGCUUUUCAGUGGACGUAUUUUUUUUUAAUUAAAUCAACAACAGCAUCAGAAUUUGAAGAACUGAAGCAUAUCAGCCAUGGUCUAUUGAGUAGAAUGUUAUUCAGCAGUGAAAUGCCAACAUUACACCCACGAAAAAGGAUUACAGAGACACCUUUAUUAAAACUCAUUGUAAGCAUUCAAGGUGACCACUCCGAAUAUUGUUUUUCUUAAAUGAACUGAAUUUGAAUAGUGGAUGGAUUUAUGUUAAUCCUAGAGUCAAAUUAUUUGUGUGAAUAUUGUUUUUCAUUAAAUCCUUUAAGGACAUGUGUCUCAUAAAUAAACUGAGUCAAACUUAUGAAUAACGAUAAGGAUAAUAAGCAUAAAUUCUUCAGUUGCUCUGUAGAGGUAAAUCAGAUAAUUGGCAUUAUCCCUGAGCUAGGAUUUAUAGUGUGAUAACAAAAGUAGCUGUGUUUUGAGGCUUUUCCUUUCUUUCAUUCAAAGCAGUCUGAAUGUCAUGUAGAAUAAUUAAUGGAAGGUUAAAGAAUGUGAAAUAUUAUCUUAAAGAAAAUAUGGGAUUUUGCAUGGAAUUUGUCCAUCAAAAGUACAUAGGAAGGCAAAUAGUUAGGGUAUAUAAAAAUUACAUAAAUGCAUAGCUUAAGGCAGUGGAUUCAUUUUACCAUAUCCUUGCAUGUGCGCAUUUUAUCCUUAAUUACUUUACUUUCUUAUUACAUUUUUGGUGAAUAUCAGAAGCAUGUCAGUUCUACACAGUGCUUAGGCUACAAAUAUAAAAAAUGCUCAUCAGAACUGUAUAAAAAAUAAAGAAUUGUGAACUUGUAAAUAGCAUGUUUAUAUUUCCUGUAACAGUCAUUUAAUUUGCACAGGCAGCCUUGACCCUAUGCAAAGGGUGAAAACCCUCAAAUGGAUAUAAAUAUUAAAAGAAUUUCAGAUGACUGCUUAUGGGUUGCUAACAAGUAAUUUUCUUCUAUUAAAAUGGUGCAGAAGUGUGGGAUUGGAAAAGACAAAAUUCUUUUAAUAACAAGUAACAAAGUAGCUCAGUCACCUAUGUGAGGGUAUAAAGACAACUCUAUUUACAGUCCUUUGUGAUUUAGUCACAGAAUAAAGUCCAUUUGGGAAAGCAGCUUGCAGUCAUUCUUCUUCUGCUAGAUAUGAAAUUAAAAAGUUUACCGCAUUCCCAUUGAAAUCAAAAUUAAUAUUCUCAUCAACAUAAUUGGGACCAACGUGACAUGCAAAAUCUGCAUGUGGUGAGGUAUUUCCUCAUCAGUUUGUUGCUUUGUUUCAUUCAGUACACUGUUUCCAAAAUCAGGCACAACAAAGAUCUGAUUCUUUUUUAAAGGAUCACAAUAGCAGAGUAACUGUGCUUUUUUUUUUCCUUAUUUUUUCACCUUUUUUUUUCUUUAGUAGUUUAUUUCUAUGGAAUAGAGAAAAAAAAACUUGGAUUUUUUUAAGCAUCCCUUCUUAAAGAUCACAAAGCCCCACAGGGUUCUCUGUUUUUUUUUACAAUUUGAUGUUUGUUUGGUUUCAAGUGGGAAGUUUUCUUGUGUAGUUGUAUAUAUUUAUAUAUAUAUUUGAAAUAAUCUUGACUAAGAGUUAAUUUGAAAUUUUCUGCUGAAUAAGUUACCAAACUACUCUUCACUCAGCACUUUCUCACAGAGCUGUUUUGUUCCAGUUCCCAGUAGUAUUUUUUUUUAAUGGUCUUCAUUUAUAUGCAAAAUAUGUGGUCUGUCUUCCACCAUAUUCUCAGAAGAUACAUUUUUGCAGGUCUCCAAGUUAAGAAUGCCAUUUUUACAGAUCCUAUUGUGAAAGACAAAACACAUUUAAAAUUAAAAGCAUGAUAUUUACUGUUUAUUUAUCUGGGUUUGAAAAAAAUGUGGAUUUUGUUUCCUAUCCUUUAUAAUAAAACAUUUUAAAACAUGUGGAGUCUGUGAUUUGCUUUGCUUCAAGUACAACUUUCUGUUACAGGCU